AUGCAGGAAGCUCACAAAAUGGUCAGCCUUGACGUGGGCACCACCUCAUUCGCCGAGAAAGAACAAGAAGUCCAUAUCGAGCGAUACGACAAUGUUGCCGAUAUGCCAGAUCCUGAUGAAGGCAAAAGCGACGCCGAGAGGGCCGAAAUCGACCGAGCACUUAUCCGCAAAGUCGAUUUUUGGCUCAUCCCAUGGCUUGGAUUGCUCUACCUACUCUCCUUUUUGGAUCGAUCCAACGUCGGCAAUGCUCGCUUGGCGGGUUUGGAAAAAGACCUCAACAUGGACGGAGGAGACUACAAUACCGCACUCACUGUCUUCUUUGUCACGUAUGCUCUCGCUGAGCCCGCCACCAAUGUCCUUUUGCGGCGACUGACACCUCGUGUCUUCUUCACUGGCAUCAUCGUGUCCUGGGGCCUGGUCAUGACGUGUAUGGGCCUCGUGCACAACUAUUCAGGCCUGCUGGCCUGUCGAAUCUUCCUUGGGCUGGCCGAGGCGGGCUUGUUUCCCGGUGUCAACUACUAUCUCUCUUGCUGGUAUAAACGGAGCGAACUCGGCUUGCGUGCCGCCAUCUUCUUCUCCGCUGCUGCUCUGGCGGGCUCUUUCGGAGGUCUGCUGGCAGCGGCCAUCGCCCAAAUGGACGGCAUCGGCGGCAAGCCCGGCUGGGCGUGGAUAUUCAUCCUGGAAGGUCUGAUUACGAUGGUUGUCGGCGGCUUCUGCUGGGUCAUGGUGUUCGACUGGCCAGAGACAGCCCGGUUCCUGACGCCGGAUGACCAGAUCCGGAUGCGUCGACGCCUCGCGGCGGAUCGACAGGCCAGCAACGAGGAGCAAUACGACAAGCGACAUUUCUACGCCGCACUCCGAGAUUGGAAGACCUGGUCAUACGCUGUCAUCUACACCGGCUGCGACUGUGCUCUUUAUGCGUUUUCGCUCUUCCUCCCGACCAUUCUCCGCGGUUUGGGCUACCAGGGAACCCAUGCACAGCUGCUUUCCGUCCCUCCUUACGCAGGGGCCGCCAUCGCCACAAUUACCGUGGGCUAUAUCGCCGACCGCACCCAGCAGAGGGGUUAUUGUAGCAUAGUCGCGUCGUCCAUCGGCAUUGCCGGCUUCGUCAUGCUCCUAUCUAGCGACAAUCCACAUAUUCAAUACGCCGGGACCUUCUUGGCGGCCAUCGGGAUCUACCCGAACAUCCCCAACUCACUCUCCUGGGCGAGCAACAAUACCGAGGGCGUCUACAAGCGGGGCAUCGUCAUUGGCAUUGCCGUCGGUGUGGGCAACAUCAGCGGCGUGGUCAGUUCCAACAUCUAUCUCACGCGGCAGGCGCCUCGCUUCUGGACCGGCCACGGUGUUGUGCUUGGAUCCCUGGUAGUCUGUCUGUUUGGAGGAACCGCCUUCACCCGCGUCAUGCUGAGGAUCGAAAAUGCCAAGCGUCUCAGUGGCAAGCGCGACCGUAUGCACGAUGGAUUGACCGCCGAGCAGAUCUGGCUCAUGGGAGAUAAACGGCCGGACUUUAUCUAUACGCUUUGA